AUGUUUGACAAGCAGCAUUACGAGAGUCCACCCGUCUACAGUCCUCCUUUCACCCCACCAUCUAACAACGGCUAUGGGCCCCCGGGCAGCUUCCAGAGCCCUCAGAGUGACUACAACGCCUACCCACCUCCACCAGGAUCUUACUACAUUGAGGACAAACCGCAGCACUUCUACAAAUGGCUGUCACCUCCAGGGAUCAUCAAGGCCAUGAUGGCGACGGUGAUCGUGCUGUGCGUGGCCAUAUUCGCCUGUGUGGCGUCCACGCUCAUGUGGGACAUGCAGUAUGGAUAUGGGAUGGGAAUGGGUUACUAUGGAUCUGGGAUGGGCUACGGUAGCGGAUAUACUGGAGGCAGCUAUGGCUCAGGGUACGGUGGUUAUGGCGGAGGUUAUGGUGGAGGCUAUGGGAACUAUUAUGGUUCAUACAUUUCCCCUUACUCUGCCAAAGCCGCCAUGAUCGCCAUGGCAGCCAUUAACUUUAUAGGAUCACUGGCAUUCUUCAUUUCGAGCUUCUCUAAAGCUAGCAUCGUCCGCACCAGGAAGUUCUUUUUGGCCCUUCUAAUAACCAGCAUCCUCUUGGCCGUCCUUCAGGGCAUCAUAACCAUCGUGUACAUUGUCGGAGUGAAUCCCAUGGCUCAGGGCUCCUCCAGUAUGAUGUACAAUCCAAUGCUCAUGAUGUGCCAGAGCCUCUACCAGACCAGCUACUCCCAGAUGGGAGGAGUAGGAGGUUUCCCCAUGUACAACCAGUACCUGUACCAUUACUGCUUUGUGGACCCACAGGAGGGAAUUGCCAUGGUGUGUGGUUUUCUGGUUGUUAUUGCUUUGGGAGUUGCUGCCUUCUUUGCACACAAAACCAGAGGAAAGAUAUGGCGCUACGGGAAACCCAACAUCUACUGGGAGGAGCCUCUUGUUGGUGGAAAGGCCUCCGAGGGCAGAGAUGUAGAGGAAUGGGUGAACAAUGUGGAGGAAAGCCACAGUGUUCAGGACGCCCCGACUCUGUUGGUGUCGGAGAAGGGAGCCGGGCUGCUCAACGCUUCGGCCAACAGUGUCAUUUCCUACCCUCCGGCUAAAGUGGACAGCAGCUCCUACGAUGGGGACACCUACAACCACGAGUACUCAGAGCGCACCACCAGCCGGCCGUCGGAAGUGUUGUCCCAUGGCGGGCGGACGAGCUCCAGCCCUUCAGAGGAGACGGGAGGAGGCCGCAAACCAUCCGCCAACAGGGGCAAGAGACGCCGCCGGAACCCGGAGCUGGACGAGUCCCAGUAUGAGACCGAGUACACGACAGGAGGCGAAACGGGCAACGAACUCGACAUGGAGGAGUUGGAGAGUUUGUACCCAGACAUAAGGUCGGAUGCACAGCGUCAGGACUAUAAGAGAGAGUUUGAUGCAGACCUGAGGGAAUACAAACGCAUGUGUGCCGAGAUGGACGACAUCAACGAUCAGCUGAACAAACUGAGCCGGCAGCUCGACACGCUGGACGACACCUCGGCCAAAUACCAGGCUGUAGCAGAGGAAUAUAAUCAACUGAAGGACCUGAAGCAGACGUCAGAUUACCAGUCCAAGAAGAAAGAAUGCCGCAGACUGAGACACAAACUGUUCCACAUCAAACGCAUGGUCAAGAACUACGACAAGAGCCAGUCGUAAACGCACUCAGCCGACACACAGACAUGUUCCAGAAAACACUCCACGACCACACAAAGACUGGGACGCCAAAGUGACCUGUCCACUCCCCGGAUACACAACACGCACACAAACGCACACAUAACACACUGGACGUCUAUAGUAAUGAUCUAAACUCGGCUUUGCAUUCAGUGAUCAUAGAUGUACAAAAACAUGCAGAACUGUGCAAACCCUUUUUUUUUUCUUUUGUGAGAAAAUGGACGCGGGGCCCAUUCACAUCCGAUACUGCCGUUUUUCUAAAGGCCCAGUCCGACGUUUCAGAGGGCGUGGUAGGCUGUUUAAAAGUCACCUGACCUCCAGUCCACCUGUGAUAAAGCUGUGCUGGGUUUCUAUCAUUUGUCUUUUCCUUUGUUUUAUCUCCGCAGAUAAGAGUUGGAACAGUAUUAUAAAGAACAUGUAAUGGGUGGCACAGACUUCUGGGAAUGUUUGCGAGCAGAUACAGUUUCCUAACACUUGGCAUGACGUUAUCCUUAUCACAAGUGAAUUUCUGGUGUUGGUAACGAGCUUCAGUAUCGGGGAGGUUUCUGCCAGGCACCGUGGGUCGUGUAUAUAUUAUGUUUUUUUUACCGUGUACUUGUUGUUUUCAUCUAAAAGCAGCUUCUCGUCCUGAUAAUGAAGCUGCAAAGAGAGAAGGAAGGGGACAAACUGGCCAAUGAGAUUUCUGUUGAUUUAUUUUUUUCUGUUCAUAUUGAAACUGGAAUCAAAAGAACAAAUUUACACCAACUUACUAUGACUUCAUCUGUUAUUUGACCAAAUCAUCAUGUGCUAAAAAGUGCAGACUACUUGUGUUUUAUAUAAAUACAUAUAUAUAUAUGUAUAUGUUGAUAAUGCACUCUGACAAACUGCAGAACCUGUUGGUGUCUCUGUUUCUACUGCCAAUGAGCUGAAUUCACCUGUUCAUGACGUUCUUCCUCAGUGAAAAUGAUCACUCGCUGAUUCUGUGUUAACUUUGUAUUAAUCCACUUCAGAGUGUUACGAUCUAGUGUACGUUAUAAAACCGUUUAGGCGUUCUGUUGAUUUCAUGCAUUUGUAUUUUUACGAAGAACAUUUUACAAACCGUUUGCGAGCCAUUUAUUUUUGUAUGAAUAUUUCUUUGAUGCUAUUAUUAAAAUACCUUUUGUUUUUGUUACUGUAUACUUCCAUAAGGUAUGAUGUCUAAAAAGUAUUGAAUUCAUUCAAUAAUAAACACGUCUAAUUCUGUAUAAAAGGAGU